AUGCAGCGAGACGAUCGCUCUCGGGACACCGAGGGCUCUGGUUCUCGUCGCCGGUGGUACGAGUCUCGCGAUCGCGAUCUUACUCCAAGAGCUGGAGAUCAGGGAGACUCACAACACUCACGCUCGUACUCGCGUCAGCAACCGCCAUACCAGCAACAACCACAACCACCUUAUUCACCCAUGUAUCAAUCACCAACGCAGCAACGACAGUAUGAUCCUCAAAGACAGGAUCAAUUCCAAAUGUAUCAACAGUCACCACAGCAAAAUUCGGCAUCAACACCACGACCACAGCAGUAUCAGUAUCAGUAUCCGUAUCAAAACCAGUAUCAUCAACAGCAGCAGCCCUACUACGGCGCGCCACCUCAAUCGAUGCCUGAUUAUAAUAGUCCUCAACAACAUAACCCUCAACGCCCGCAAACACCUUCCAGUGUCUUUUCAUCCUCCAGUGACACAUCAACGUCGCUGCUAGAUAUCUCACGAUUCAAGGAUACGAAGGAAUAUGGUGGCCUACUUGGCACAUUUUUCAAGGCGCCCUCGGAGCGUGCUAAACAGCGUCUCCACCGAAAAAAAAGUAAGAAGCGCCGCGUGCUUUACUUUGGCAACUCUUCUUCUUCUUCCGUAAACUCUGAUUUGGCUUAUGGAAACGGCUACGUGCGACAACCCAAGAGCCGUACCUUAAGCCCCCGAAGUCAAAGUCGUGUUUCUGGCCAGGGUUACGGAUCUGCCGCCGGCGUCGGCCCUGGCGCGAGCCAUGGACGGCGACGUAGCUCUGGAGGGUCUGAUCGUGCUGCACGAUUGACUCCUAAGAAAAAGAAGACUGCCGAUGAGGAGAUUAUGGCUCUUGGCCAGCAGCUCUCUAACCUGGCACGUCUGUCCAAGGAGGAUGAGCAGCGUCAGGCGCGCAAAGCAUCAGGUAAGGGCAAAGGUAAAGCGGCUGCCUUGGGACUCGCAGCUGGCGCCGCCGGCGCCGCUAUGGCUUCUCAAUAUGGCAAAGAGAAGGACGGCAGGAUUAUGAAUGGGCUGAAGCAGCGUGUCGAGUCUUCAGACGAUGAAGAUGAGUGGGAAGAUGCUUCCGAAGACGAAGACGAUGACUCUUCAAGCAGCGAUGGUGCUGGUUCAGCUGCCGACUCGGAGCUUGCCUAUGGGACCGUUGCAGAGUCUAUUAAGCCUGCACUCGGUGCCGCAGCAGCCGCUGGAAGCGCCGCAGCCGCAGCAGGCAUGGCAGGCUCUCGAAGACAAUCUAGUUAUGGCUAUGACUCGUCGCCAGAGUAUCGGAGACAUGGUGACAGGGGCUCUGUCGUUGAUCCCCGUCUUUUUGGACCCUACAACUCGCUGCGAGGAUCAAUUAACACCCCGUGUGGGUUCCGAAACGAUGAUGAAGCUGUUGCAUACCGCCGUGAUUCAGCCAAUUUCGGAAACGGGACACCUAUUCACAUGCGAGAUAUGUAUUCUGAUCCUAACCGUUACAACGGAGAGCGGUUUUCGGCACCUAUCGCACAACAGGAUCCGUCAGCCCGACCUCACCCGGUCCCCUUGCAACAACCAGUCCCCAAAACUCCCGUGUCUUCAAAGGUUUACGAUGCUGUAAAGGUUGAUGGUACAAACCGCAAAAACCAUCGUCGGCAACGAUCUGAACAACCUGAGGAAAAGGACUGGGGUGGAGUCGCCACCGGUGGUCUUGCGGCCGCAGCAGCAGCAGCAGGCGUGGCCUUGGCCACCUCUAAGAAGGAUACUCGUGAGUACCAUGACGAGCAGCAGCGUGAUCGCGACGAUCGAGAGAAUCAACGCCGAAUCGACCGGGACCGCCAGAGAGCUCUGGAACUCGAAGAGCAAAAGCUUAGAGAGCUUGAGCGUCAAAAACUGCGAGAACAACAAAGGGCGCAAAACCCCGAAAGCGAGGCAGACCGACACGAGCGAUUGGAGAAGGAACGUGCACGAAACAUGAGGUGGGAACGUGAAUACCGCGAAAUGGAACCCGAGGCUAUUAUUCCCAAUUAUAAUAAUGAGCGAAAAUCUUCACGAUAUAAUGAUCAUGACGAUACCCCCAAGGAUAGAAGUGAGAAGAAGGAGAAGAGUAAUGUCGAUGUAGUGGUUGCCCCCCAAUCGGAUCAGAACGAGGGGAGACCAUUCGGGAUCCAGUACGGUCCAGAGUUCCAACUUGAGCGUGAGCCCACAGUCCAGGCUGGGACCAGCGAGCGCAAGGCUACACGAAAUGGUCGCGACCUUCCUCUAGCGACUAGUGCAGGCCAUCAGGCUGUGACGGAAUCGACCAAGUUUGCACACCACGAUAUUGAUCCUUUCCAAUAUCAGGUUUCAGACGACGCUUUUACCAUGUCUCAAACUACUACUCCUGGACGACCCCUUACACCUAAUGUAGUUACUAUCGAGCGCGAGCCCAACUUUGACGACUCUCCGCCAAGAGAUUCAGCCGCCGAUGCUCGACUCAGCCGCCGCGACUCCUUUGAGAUUCAGCGCAUGGUUGAAAAUUACCAUCGGGAGUCGCAAGGCGCAUCGCAACGCCGCGACCCCCGAGACGGUCAUGAGUAUGAGGAGGAGGAGCACAAGGCUAGGUCGAUUCUUGACGAGGCUAAGCACGCCACUGUUCCUGUAGCAGCGGCUGCAGUCGCAUCCGCAGUGGCAGUUGAAAAUGAGCGAUCACAAGAGCGGCGAAAGGGUCGUCCCUCGGAAGACAGUUCUCAGGACACCUCGCGAAGAUGCAAAGAUGCUGUUCAGGAGGAGGCAGAUCGAUACUACCGUGAGACUAAUAUCGCCCGAAAAAUUGCUUCCGAUGAGAUACGAUCACGCAGCGCUUCACCCGAGCGAUCCGUGGUUGACAAGUGGCAAGAGAGCAAGAACGAAUCAUUCACUAUUGUCACACCACCAGCCAUGGAAGAUAAGCACCCAGAGAAGAACAUCUACGAAGGUCCUGAUGCAGAUGUGAAGAUCGACAACAAGAUUCAUCCUCGAGAAGAACACCAGUACCGUAAGCUUGACAAUGACUCUUCAAGAAGGAACGUUUCGCGAGAGCGUCCGCUUUUGAACUUGAUCUACCCUACCCCUGCCGUGAGCCGUCAGCAUACACCGGCCCCCGAGGUGCGAAAGGAGCCCGAGAUUACUGAAGCUGUUGCCAAACCCGAAGAUUUCAGUAUCGGACCCAAAGGCGAGAUCGUCUCUGUCAGCGAGCCAGCUUCUGCGGCUAAGUCCGUAAGCUGGGGAGAGAACGAGACCAAGCGCUUCGAUGCUGACAGCCCCGAGAAGAGUGAUAAUGAGAACUAUUUCCCUGCCGAGAAGGCUGUCGAGAAAUCUCGACCUAAGCUGAACAAGGCGAGCCGGUGGGGUAUUCUUGCUGCUGCACUGGCAGGUAGCAGUGCUGAGCCACAGAACGAGCCUGAUGUCGAAGUCGACCCCAAACAAACCGAAAUGCCCGGAGGUUACUCAUACUCAGAUGCAGGAAGCAGCGAUGUUUCCAUUCGACGGGCCGAAUUCUAUGUUGAUGACAUGAACAGCUUUCCUCCCGUUGUUGGCACUAAGCCUGCAAGCCCACAGCAAAUGCCUGGUCGCUUUGCGGAUGAUUUUGAGUUUGCUGCUACUCUCGCUGCUGGAUUGAAGGACACUGGAUUCAACCCUGACAUCGUCAUCGAUGAUCCGUCUUACAGCCGACGUGACUCUCCUCCAGGUGUCCAGGAAGCAAACGGCGAUUCCCACAGCGGAUCAAACGGUAACGCCUGGUAUAAGCGACCCUAUGCUGAGGUAGCCCCAGUACCUGUCGAUGCGCCAAAGCUUUUGCCUGAGCGGGGAUUUGUUCUUGGAGAGGUCGAGACUCCUCAGGAAAAGACAGCUCUGCCCUACGAGAGUGAGCGCAACAUCAAAUCAGAUGCACCAAAGCCCGAAGAUGUGCCACUUCCCGACAACCACCCUGAUAGUCCAAAGCCCAACAAACAAGAAAAGGGCAAGCGAGAAAAGUCUGACGUUGUUGUCGUUCAAGACGAUGGGAAAAUCGACACUGACAGGGCCGAGCUCGAACCCUCUCGUGAGGUAGGCGAGGCGGUAUGGGAAGAUAUCUCCCGCAAGAAAAGUAAAAGGGAUCGCAAAAAGGAUCGUAAGAGCCGUGACUUUGAAAAUGAAUGGAGUCCUAGUGUCUCAGCUCCUGCUCCGCAUGAGUCUCGAUCAGACUAUGAUCGGGGCAUUUCUCAGGACAAAGGUCAAGACCAUGACAUCAGUGUAUCUGAUGUUGCCAAGGUGGCUGUGCCUGCUGCACUUGCCCUAGGUGCCAUCGCCUCUGGUUCAAGAGAUGCAUCUUCUCGUGAUAAUGGCACUGAUAUGCGCGAUUCUCGCGAGGAGCCACGCAAGCAGCCGAAUGACGACUACUACUACGAUGGCGACAGAUCUCGUGUCUCUGCACCUGCAGAGCCUUCCCAUCACCGAAAUUCGUCCAGAGACGUUGCAUCCUGGGAUACCCGAUCAGACGACGAGCACGACUCGUCCAGACACUCAAGAAAAUACAAGAAAGACCGUGAUUCGCGAGACGAAGGGACCAUUCGAGAGACCACAGAUCUAGAGAUCGUUCAAGAGAUCGUUCAAGAGAUCGUUCAAGAGAUCGCUCAAGAGAUCGCUCAAGAGACCGCCGUUCCAGAGAUCACCGCUCGAAAGAUCGAGAGGCCUAAGAGAUCGAAGCGCCAUCCCUACGGAUAUGACUCGCCCACCCAAUCGAUGGCGGCCUCUGAAAUCUCCGUUGCCAGUUCUAGCAGCAAGAGAAGUAAGAAGUCCAAGCGAAGAAAUGGCGCUGGAGAUGAUUACGACGACUCAAGAGACAGCUCAUCACACCGCAGGCACGAGUCUUUUGAUGACAGGGAUGCAAGCUCUGUUAUCUCUGAGUCGCGUGGACACCGACGAACACCGUCUCGAUAUGAAGAUGACGAUGCGAAGUCGGUCGCGUCUGUGCCUGGCUCAUCCCGCCGUGAGAAGGACUACAAGGAACGUAGAACACCCGAGAAGCGACCAAGCACAAGUGUUCUUUCCGGCCUCUUCAAACCACGCAAGGAUAAGAAGGAUUCUUUUUUAGGUAAUGCCGACACCCUUGGCGCGGGUGUCGGCUUAGCGACUGCAGCAGACAUUUAUGCAUCUGAUGCUAUUCGCUCUAACGCCGCUGAUGCCCCAUCAGACCGAGAGCCUUCUGCCUCUGGUGAUGGGCUACGCCAUGUGCGAAGCUUCGAACUGGUUGACCCUGAGGUCAUACCGCGCGUUAUCAAACCAGCCAUUGACCCUCAAUAUGGCGACCUCCUUCCUCUACCCCCCAGUGAACCUUCUAGCCCAACUUCUUCUGUCUCCGGCGAACUACCCCCUCUUCCUGACAGUCGACCUGAUACUCCUCCUGAGGAGCGCGGUGCCCGCCGAGAACCAUGGCCUCAGCAGCGUCGCCGCAGUAUUUUCGAGACACCUAUGAAGUCCCCCAGCCGCACCGCUGUUCCCAUCGCACUCCGCCUAGGUAACAGAUCGUCAAACCCUGCCUCUCCUGUGAGCUACAGGGCUUCUCCUGCUAGCUCCCCUAUUAUCUCGCACUCGGACGCGGUGGUCAUGUCAAGACGACAAGCUCGACCUACCUCUUGGGAUAACAGCCGUGAAUUCAUGCCUCUGUAUCUCCUUGAACAAUCGCGACAUCCAGCACCCACAACAGGAUCUGUACUUCCUGCGCUGCCACCUAGUGAGCCCAGCGAGACUUCUGCAAGAAACUCACCCGAAUCUGAAUUCCUCAAACAGAACGAUGAUUACUUCGGCGAAGACCCCGAGUAUACUGGACCUGAUCUGCGCGUUGACACUGUUCUCUCUGAGCAGCAAAAGGACUCUGAUGCCGAAUCACAACAGACGACCCCUCGUGCCGAAUUCAUGCCUGUGCUUCCAGAGCCUACACCCUCUGUCCCUUCCAACGAGCCAACCCCUGGCCUGUCAGAACCUAAACUCCCAGAACCUACGCCUACUGCAGCUCCUGACCCGCCCACGCCUUCUUUGGCAACCCCUAUGGAGUCUGGCAGUCGGGAUAUGGCUAGUGAUAAGCACUCUGCACCACCCCCCUUCGAUGCUGCUGCCAUCGCCGUUCCUGUCGGCUUGGGCGCCAGUGCUGGUUUAGCUGCUGCUGCCCUUAUUCAAGCCAGGGACCCUGCCGACUCGCCUGCAGAGAAACCAGAUGAUCUCACCUCUGCCGAUGAGCACUUUUCCGAUGCCGUUGAAGGUCCUCUCGAACAGACUUUAUCCGGAGAAGAUGUUCCUCGACCACUCUCAUCUACCGUGGACAGAGAGCCCACUUCUGAGUUCAUUGCCAAGUCUCCUUACGAACUUUCUUCCGAAACUACAACUGGAGCUUUCACUACCCCUGUCAACGAGCUCGUUGCCGAUGAAAUUUCUGACGUGACGUCUCAUACUGAGCUUGCUGCCGAAAGGACAAUUGCCAAAGAAGCAGAGGAUCAGGCCGCCAAGGAUAGUACUGAUGUCGUUGAGGCUGCGACUGAGCCUUCUACUAUCCCUAUCAACGAGCACACAACUGAGGAGCCUGUUCAAGCCAAACCCGACACUGACCAUGCAAAUGAGACGGCUAAAGAGAUUGAAGAGCCUUUAACCAAGGAGGUCGGUCUUAUUGAUACGAGCGCAGCCGAACCUUUUACCGUUCCCGUCGACGAGCCUGUUACUGAAGCAAAUGCCAAGUCCGACACUGAGCUUACAGCCGAAGAGACAAUGGACAAUAAGGCAGAGGGGCAGGUAGCUGGAAACAUUCACACUGCUGGUGAACCUGUAAAGGGGACCGUCGUCACCCCUGUCAGAGAGCCUACUGUUCAAGAGCCUUUGGGUGCGUCGUCAAACGCCCAGUUUUUGGCUGAGGAGGCAAACGAAAAGAUCAUCGACACCGCUGCUGAUGUCAUUGACACUUCGACUGAACCCUUUACUGCUCCUGUUAAUGAGCCCAUUAUCGAAGAGCCUACCGUUCAAGAGCCCCUGAUUGAUGAAACAAAUGAAAAGGUCACCGACAAUACGAUUGAUGUCAUUGGUCAUUCGACCGAAUCAGUUGUUGUUCCUGCCAAUGAGCCUACUGCCGAAGAGCCUACCGAUAUCAAGCAUGGUGCCGAACCUGUAGUUAACGAGGCAACAGCCAAAGAAUUGGAGGACCAAGCUGCCAUGGAUGCUGAAUCUGAAGCUGCUGCUCAAGCUGUCGCCGAAGCCGAGACUGCUGCACAGGCUGAAGCGGAAGAGGUUGCCAAGGAAGAGGAGGAAAUAGCUGCUCUCAAAUCCAAGAAGGCUAAGAAGCUCACAAAGGCUGAUAAGACUCGCUUGAUGACCUUGAUUUCCCGCUCAGUCAAACGAGCUCAAGCCAAGGCUGCCGAAACUACCCCUGAAUCAGAUACCAAGCCAAUGGCAGAGCCUUCUUUGGAGGAACCCGUAAUUGAAGUGCGUGCUGAGACACAGAAGUCCACUAUCGAAGUCGGCACCACAUCAGCCAAGAAUCUAGUUCCUGGCGCUCUCGAAAGCGUUCAAGAAGCCGAGUCCGUCAAGCAAGACAUUGAACCUACAUCUGUUGAAUUGACGACCGAGGGACCUUCUCGGGAACUCACAACAGAGCCUAUGGUUGAGGAUGUUACUACAGUCGCCCCUGAAUCUUCACCACUGCCAGCCAAAGAGCUAGCCACUGAGCCUUUGGCAGAUCUUGUUCCCGAAACAGCUGAACCUUUUGAUGCAUUGGAGAAUGAAGCAUCUAGUCAGGGUAUUGUCGAUCUUCCAAAGGCUACUGAUGGGCCCGAUACCAUGCCCCAGCCUGAACUGGUUGUUGAGGAUGUAUCGAUCACUGAGCCCAGGAUCGAAAAUACCAAAGAACAGACCGACGACUUUGUUCGCGAAAGUGGUAACACCUCCACGGCACUUGCUCCCGAUACUAUGAAAGAACCUGAAAUGGCUCCAUCCGUCAACGUCCCUGCUGAAUCUACUGCUGAAGUUGUCGAACCCGCUGAAGCGAAGCCAGAACAACCUGUUGCUGAGCGUGCAGUGAACGAGAUCACCACUGAAGAGUGGAACAACAUGAAUGCGAAGGACAGAAAGAACAUGAAGAAGAAACUCAGGAAGCAGGGACUCGAACCAAUUAUUCAAGACUCAUUCGAACUUCCAGCUCCUGCUGAUGACUUGAGCAAGGACGACAAGCCCUCCCUGAGUGAAGGGGUUAAUGCGGACGACAAAGCUUCGGCAUCGAAGUCAGUUACGGCCGAACCCGAGACCCAAACUCCAUCUGUAUCUGAGCUCGUUCCCAAAGCUUCCGUCGAGCCAUCUAUCGUUGCGGAAGCUGAGGGCGUCCAAGGGCCCGCUCUCCUCCAAGGAGAAGAGCACGUGAGCAUAGUGCCUGAAGAGCCACUUCGAUCCACAGAAGACAAUUUCUUACCUGUAGACAAGGAAUUGGCCUUCCAGACCGAAGCGGAAAGCACAGAGAAGGGACCAGAAGUCUACACUGAACCUGCAGCACCCAUAUCUGAGUAUGAGCCUGUAUCUGACGCCAUUCUUCCCGAAGAGACGGCUGCUGAGGAGUUGCCUGAGUCUCCGUCCAAGAGUAAGAAGAAAGAGAAGAAGAGCAAGACUCAGCAACCGCCUCAUGAGGAACCUGCGACCGGGGAACCAACGACUGUCCCGGCUGAGGACACAGCCAUAGAUUCUGCUCCAACCCCCCAAGCUGAGAAGGAGGCUUUUGAUGCUUGGAUUGAUCCGGUUGUCUCUAUCGAGAAACCCGCUGCUACUCCUGUCGACUUGCCCGCUGAAAAAUCCUCGACUGCUGUGGAGGAUUCCGUACAACCUUCUACGGAGCUGUCCGAGGACGCCCCUGACGAAACUUCUGUUGAUGCAGAUGCUUUUGAUGCUUGGGCCCAGCCUGACACUGUUGCAAAUACUGAUGUGCCUGAGCAAGAGCAAGACAAACCUGCUGAGACUGCUGAACAGCUUCCCGAACCGUCCGACGCGCCAAAGCAAGACGAAGACGCCAUUUCUUCUGAGUCGAAAAAGAAGAAGAAGAAGAAGGGCACCAAAACAGAUGAUGAGCCAGUGACUGAGCCUCAGGAUAGCAAGCCACAAGACAAGUCUCUCGCAGAACCUGAGAAGGCAACAUCCGAUUUGACCGAACCAUUCGUCCUAGCAGCCGAUACAAAGCCUGAGACCAUCAAUAACGCCCAGGCCGACAAAGCUACAUCAUCGAAGCCUGCUUUGUCAACCCCCAAGCAUGAUGGUGACCAGACUGUCGAUAGUGUCAAGAAACCGCGUGUUGACAAACCAGUACUUGCUGCACCAGUACCCAACACCGGAGAACUCGAUGAUCUGGAUGAUGUCCCCUACUCCCCCUCUUCUGGCAAUCAAUCCCCUUCCACCAGUGAUGUUCGGAAAGAUCGACAAGGUUACUUUCCUUCUUCCCUUCGCACAUUCCCUGGCGCUGCAGGAAUUUCGGCCUUUAAGAGAAUGUGGGGAUUCCAAGAUCAAGCAAGAGCGCAAAACCGCAUGCGUGAAGCUCAACCUGACGUUGCCAGGCCCAGUAGUGAGACCCAGCCUGAUAGUGUAAGCGCUGAGAAGUCAGAGGUUGCUGAGGCGAAGCCAGAUGUUCCCAUCGUCGAAGUGAACAGCGACAAGGCUGCUGCCAACAAACCCCUAACUUCGUCUGAUUCUCAUAUCUCUGAGCCACUAUUCUCUCAAGGGGAUGCGCCUGUAGAGGAAUCGCAAUCAACAACCAUUGAACUGGAACCUUCUCAAGGCGUUGAGCCCCAGAAUGCCACCGUGCAUGUGAGCGACGACAUCCCUGACAACAAGGAUGGAUCUACAGCUGUCGAACAGCCUGUGGUGAAGACGGAAGAUGAACCAGCAAGGCCAGCUGAAAUCACAUCUGAGACAUCUCGCAAAAUCCCCGAUGGAGCAAUUGAAAGCGAGGGUGUGAAAUCUGUCGAGAACCCAUUGAUCGAGACAAUUCCCGACUCAACUCAAGCUGUCGAGGGCAAAUUUGAUGAUACCGCCGAGGAUGCACCUAUGGAUACGACAAAAGACAAUCUCGAGAAGCCUGUCGGGAUAGCCCAAGACGAUACGACAGACCCUGUCGAAGCCGAGCCUGAACUGGCUACCGAAGAAGCGCCAGGCAAAACUGUUGAGGUUGGGGACACAAAGACUGCCGAGAAAACUGCUACAGAUAACACUGAGGGCGACGCAUCGGGUUCUAAAAAGAAGGCGAAAAAGAACAAAAAGAAAAAGAAGAGUCAAGCCGGCCAAGACGAGACUCCCGAGCAUGAGAACGAUCCAACUCAGGACCAGGUGAUUCAGGAAGCCCCCGUUGAGGAAGUUAUACAUAUGUCGAAUGAGGCAGACAACCAGGCAUUAGCCUCGGAAUUGGUGGCAGAAGCCCCUCGCGACGAUCCAGAGGAACUCAGUGCAACGGAGCCUGGAGCAAAGCCAGAAGAUACAACGGAAGGCAAUGUUAUUGACGCUCAAUCUGAAGUCAAGUCAGAAAUUGAGGAGAAAUCAACUGGGACUUUGGACCCAUCGCAAACCGAUGACAAACCAGUUGAUGAAGAGGCACAGGAAGAGGACAAGAUCGACAACGAGCCAACCCAAGUUCGAUCAAAGGAAGAGCCGCCCACGAAUGAGAAGCCCGAAGAUGCACCUGAGGCGCAGCCCGAAGACAACUCAGAAGACAAGCUCCAAAGCGGUGAUCAAUUACCUGAAGCCGAGGCUAUCAAACAGCCACAGAGCGAUCGCAAGCUGAUGGAACUCGAAAAUGAAGAGUCAUCCGAGACUAACCAUAUCGCUGCUCAAACUGAAGACAGGCCCACCAACCCUGAGGCUCAGCUGUUGCCACAAAUCGAUAACAAGUUUCAAGUCGAAGUAGAGGAACCGCAGCAGAUGGAUGGCAAACCUUUCGGAUCCCAUGCACAGGAGACUAUUCAGACUGAUGACAAGACGACCGAAAAUAAAAUCAAGGAGUCUGAUUCCAACGCCAAAUUACCACAAACCCAGGCUCCAAAGGAAAACGACAAUCCAGUUCAGCCUGAGGUCGUGGAACAAACCCAGACUGACGACAAGCCCACACAAGCCGACGGCAUCGAUGACAACGCAAUUGGUUCUGAAGCCAAGCGCCCGUUUUCCAGCGAGAAGCAGGCGAAUAAAGCAGUACCUGAGGAACCGUCUCAAGCUCCUCGGGAUGUCACCGCCAUGCCCUCAGUAGAUGACAUUUUGCGUCCAGCAACAUGGAAAGCCAGAUCACCAAAAGCCGGAUCGGUUGCGAUGAAAAUCAAAGAAGCAGAGAGCAAAGCUUUGCGUCAAGCGGAGGACGCUGCGGCCGCGAAGGACAAUGAAGAGAUCGAAGCAUUGCUUGAAAAGCAAUCGCGAAGAGGGGGUCGUCUCCUCAAGAAAGAUCAAAAACGCCUUGACACCCUUCAGGAGAACGUAGCUCAAAGGGUAGAGGCACGAGCGGCCCGCGACCCUUUACCGCAAGCUGCACAGGAGCCUACCAAUUCGACUUCUGUGGAUGCCGACAUCCAGAAGCCUUCCGAAGUGGGCGCUGAAUCAGCCCAGCCAGAGGAAGCCCGUGACGUAGAUGGUCUCCAGGAUACGGCCCCAGUCACUGAAGCGACUGCUGCUGCUGAGAAGCAGAUUGACAUUAGUGAAACCCAGCCAACAGAAACAUCGGGUGAAGCUGAGACAGUGGGCGUGAGUUUAUCGAACGAGGCCACGGAAAUCUUGACAGAUGCGCCUUCGGAGGGAAAGUCUAUGGACGACCAGGCCACCACUGAUACGGCACCAGCUGUAGAGUCCCAGGAGAAAACAACAGUCGACAACGAGGUAAUGGAGCCAGAGAUCAGUAAGAAGUCCAAGAAAAAGAAAAAGAGAAAAUCGGUAUCCUUUUCCGAGAAUGGGGAAUCGCAGGAUCUAGCAACAGAGAAUACUGAUACUCGCACAUUGGCAACUGAACCUCAACAGCCUGAUCAAAGUAUUGUCAACACUGAGGACACUCCUGUACAAGCAGAACCUGCUCCUGAAGAAGCUCCUGCCACUCGAGAUAUUCCCGAAGUUCUGGCCCCAGAGGACGCUGUGCCAUCAUCAGAUGCAAAAGAAACCGAGGCGCCCCCGUUGAACGACCCUGAAACUCCUUCAGCCGAGAACACAACUGCUGAAAGCCAAGCUGAGGGACCUUCAGAUGUUAUCUUGGACAAGGCUGAAUCUGAGCCUACCUCUGAGAAGAAGAGCAAGAAAAGGAAGAAAAAGAAGAAGGACACCCCCACAGAUGAACCAGAGAAGAAACCUGAAGCCGAGUCCUCAAAUCAAGCGCCUCCCGAGUCCACACCUAAGGUUUCUGACGAUGCCAAGGAUAUUGUUGGGCAAGAAGCAUCUUCCGGUACACCUAACCCAACAGACCCAGUCGAUGCUGAGACUGCAGAAGCGUCUCCUCUUCCCCUGGGAUCUGAAGCAGCGGACAUUUCUUCUGGAAUUCUCCCGACAAACGACGAGCAGGCGCAGCCACCUGAUGGUGAGAAACCCGUAGAAAUCUCUCCUGGUCAGGAACCAGCAUCAGCCAUCGAGGCUGCAGAAGAACCAGGUGCCGUAGUCCCCAAGCAAACCCUUAUCGAACAACCUGUUGUACCCAUCGAAGAACCCGAUUCUCCUGCAAGACUGUCCAAGAAGGAUAAGAAGAAGAAGAAAAAGGCAGAUAAGAAGAAGGCUGCACUUGAAGAAGAAUCCAAUGAGCCUAAAUCUGAGCCUACUACUUCUUUCGAAAAGGGUGAAGUUGAAGUCGAACCCGAAACAACCGAGCACUCGGCCAAAGAUCCCGCAGUCACGCGUGACGAGACGGCUAAGCAGACCGAUUCUAAAGAAACUCCCAAGGGAGACAUCACUUUGGAGGGCGAGAUUGCCAUACCAGCCAACGAAGCCAAAGUGCCAGACACCGGUAAUUCCGGAGAACUUCCUAGCGAAGAACCAGCUAGUCCUGAAGACGAGCGGGGUGGGUUUAGCCUCAGUCAAUCCCAGACCGACCAAAAGAACAAGGCUAAAGACAGCGAUUUUGAAAUCGUGCAGGACAUCAAGACCAAUCAUCCAACGCAGUCAGAGACAGUAACGGAUCCGACAAGGCAGGACGCGGCCGUCGUCGUGGAUGAGGCCCAAAGCCAAGGAUCUUCUGAAGGCACACAACGACAGGAAGACAAGACUGUAGCUGUUCAUCUUGAUCCUCCUGUUGAGCCUGAAACAAAGCUGGAGUCGGGACUGGGAUUGGGAAAGGAAAAGGAAAGGUUGGAAGAUGACGAGGAGUUUGCUGGCUUGUCGAAGAAACAAAUCAAGAAGUUGAAGAAAGCUCGAGCUGUGGCCGCCCCGGAAUCUUCAGUCGAAGCAGAGAUGCCAAAGGAAAGUGAAACCUCAUUGGAGGGGGCAGCGGAUCCUGCAACUGAAGCUGGCGUAGAGUCUGAGCCGAGCCCUCAGACUUGUGCCGAAUCUGCGGCUGAAACCACCACCGGGGCAGAGCAAGAGCUUGGUUACGAGACCAUGAAUGAUCCACUCCCUGAAAUUGAGGAGACUGUACCUAUAAUUGAGCCUGAUUUUGAAGCUGAACCCGAGUCCGAAACUGAGAAUCAAUUUUUGGACAACACCGAUAUCCAACCUGCGACAGAGGGCGCUGAUGCCGAACCCAACGUUGAUGCCGACUUGCAAACAAGACAACCCCAGUCUGAUGGACAGACAACCUCCGAGCAGGAUAUCAUUAUUCCUGCCCCGGAGGUUGUUUCUGGAGACAAUUUAACUGAUGUCCCUGACAAGAACUCAAGUACUAACCUUCCAGCUGAGCAUCAAGUUGUGAAGGAGCCAGAUUCUUCUCGCGUAGAGGACGCGACUGAGCCACCACAGACGCCCGGAGAACCCGUUGAGGGCAUUCGAGAUUCACACUCGCUCAUGGAGGCGGAAACAGGGCCUAUUAUCCCAGCCGAACUUGAGCAGACUGAUGUGGCUACCGAAAAUAUCCCAUCCUCAUUGUCAGACAUGGCAGAAAAGAUCACAGAGGCGCAGACUCCUAUGGAAGUGGAACCUUCAGAGCCGGCCGAGAUCAACCAGCCACUUGAGGAGGUACUGACCGAUGCUCCCGCCGAAAGCAUCGAUGAAAACCCCUCUGAGCAGGCGAUGCAAACCCCCCAGGAGCCUAUCCCGCGGUCAUUGGAAGACCCUGCGCAGUCGCCAAAUAAUGAAACUGUCAAGCCAGGGGCCACUUCUGAGCCUGCUGCUCCAGUUGGAACUACACCAGCACGUGAUACUCAAACCUCGUCUACUGAUGCAACAAAAUCGGCGGAACAAACGCCUCUAGACCUGCUGCCGUCGUCAGACCUUCCCCCCUCUACACCAGUCCUACCCGCAGACCCUGGUAACCCCCAACAGCGUGUGAGUGAACCCGCAGAGCCUGAAUCAACGGAACGAGACCUUUCCAUCACCAUUGAAGAAACGGCCCCCUCACCUGUUGCCCCUGAUGUUAUCACGAGCGAGGUCCCUGUAAUUCCUGACACUCAAGCUGUACCUAUUUCAGAGGAGUCAGACAAGUCAGCGGAAAGUAAUGUCGAGAAGCAACUGGAGGAACCCUCGCAGCCUCAUAAGCCAAACCCUGUCCCGCCGCCUGUCGUUACAGGUAGCCUGAUGGGCCCUUUGGACUUAGCUCUAAACGAAAAGCCAAUCGAGGAGACUGGUCCUUCGUCUUAUCGUACCACUAAUGUUGCUCCUAUUCCCGAACUAGAGGAAGCACCAGAAGCGGAGAUUGAAGCCAACCAAGACAUUUCAAACGAGGCCGCCAUUGACAAGGCAAAGAAAGAACCUGUCGAGCUGACAAAGGAGAAGCCGGCCAUACCUGUUGUCGAAAGCCAACAAAAGUUGAUUUCUCAUGACCAUCCUUUUGAGAGUUAUACGUCUCAGAGCGACCCGCAAGUGACGGACGAUAAAUACAAUGGGAAGACCCAAUCCUUGGAAGAGGAUGUGGAAAAGGAGGCAUUCGAGGAAAGCGCACCGAGCGAGACCAAUAUUCAAGAGAACCCAGACGCGACACAGGAUACCGCUCUUCCUCAGAUCGAAUCUAUGACGGAUGAUGUUGUCCCAGACACUGCUGCACUGCCAGAUUCCUUGGAAAAUCCAUCAGCCGAGUUGGCGGGCACCUCUGGUAUCAAUGAGUCUGAAAAGUCGGAACGUGGUGAGAAUGAGUUUACAACUAAAGAAUGGCAAUCUCUCGCUGGCAAGGAGAAGAAGAACAUCAAGAAAAAGUUGAAAAGAAAAGGUCUCGACUUGAUCAUCCAAGAUUCCUUUCAACCAACAACUUCUGGUAACGGAGUCUUGCCUGAAACUGGCACUGAACCAGAGCCUGUUCUCACUCAGCCAGAAGACCUCACCGCUGGAGUCACGGAAAAUGAAGCCCGGACUGAGCAAAGCCAGGAUGCAUCCUCAAGCAAGACAUCUGAUAAGCUUGCUUCCAGUCCAAAUGACAGCAACUUUGUUGUUGGCGCAAAGGAUCUCGAAUACGACGCGACAAGGGAGCAGGCCGAACCCACAAGCCAAACCACAGCCGGCCAAAAGAACGUCCUUACUGAGUCACCUCCGUUGCAAGACACGUCAGUGGCCAAUGAAGUCAAGUCAGAUAAGCAGAAAAUCAUUGAGGGUCAUGUUGUUUCUCCCUCAGAAAGCAAAGAUAAGGGGACGGCGGAACUCGAAGGCAAACACGAGGCUGAAGGGCCAGUCACACCCAAAGCUCCAAAUGAAUCUGAAAUGCCGUCAUCUCCAGAAGCACCUCAACAUAGAUCUGGGUCACAACGAGAACCCCCAGUUCCUUUGACAGCCAAGAACGCGACCAAUCAAGAAACGGAAACCGAUGCGACGCCUGUCAAGUUGAUUCCGGAAACAGAGGCCAAGUCAUCAACAUCACAUGAACCUGACUACCAAGUAACAACACCUCCGCCUACGAUUUCAGUCCCGAAAUCUCAGUAUCUGGAACACCUGUCUCCGAAACCAAUCAUGGGGACCGGAAGCGUGCCAGAAACCCACGAAGAUGUAAUUGCUGGCUCAGGCUUUGGGGAAUCCUCAGCACCAGCCGACCAGACGCCUGUUAUUCAGGAGACUUUUGUGACCGAAGAACGAUCAGACGUCUCGCUGAAAAAGAGUAAGAAAACAGAGGAAAGUCACAGAUCUGACCCAAACGAAGCUGAGACUCAAGCCCCUGGCGGCAAGGCAAACGAUGAAAUUGGCAAUGAUGUACAACAAGAAACUCACCCGUCUGUGGAGGAUACGCAGAAACAUGAAACGAACGACAAAGGCCAGGAUCGACCAGACGACAUCAUGACCAACCUACCAGCAAAUCAGAUGCCACCAUCAGUAGAGAUGGUUCAUCCAGCUCUUGAUUCACGAGAGACUUUCGAGAAAAGCGAGGGUCGAAAAGGAAACCAAGUAGUCUCUCCUAUCAUCGAUGACACUAACGCUCAGAUCCAUAUCGACAUGGCUCCAGCUCCCAGAGAUUUCGAAGAAGCAGAACAUACACGGAUUCGACCGGGAAGAACUGUUACUGAAAAAAGAGAACCAGCAUCAAAUGUUAUUGGGGAAGGCCGCGAGAACACAGUCCCAGCACUUGACACACAUGCUGAAGGCAGACCAGCCGAGACUGAGCGAAAUGUGAAUACCGUACCUUCUGGAGAUAAAAAGCAGAAGAAGAGGGCCAAGAACUCUGGCACUGCUGGCGCCCAACUCACUGAUUCAAACAACGGUCGCGUAAGCUCGGAACCUAUCCAGAUCUCCGAGCAACAAGAUAAGCCGAAGCCUACAGAUAUGUCAACGGCCGACCGUUCCGGGCAACAGAUACAGGACGAGCCUCUCGAACCUCUAAAACCCGAUGAGGACAAAUCCCCAAGGAAUGUCCCAGAGAAACCCACCUCCGGAUUGCCAGCAUCCACGCCAAAAACCACCUUCGAAGAUAUUGUAAAGCAAAAGCCUGGCAACGACGUUUCAAAACCCAUCAAGUCACCUGGUAGAUCAAGCAAAGGCAAGACCACAACACAGCCAGAGGGCAUUGCCAGCUCAAUAUUUUCCAUGGCCAGCUCGUUCUUUUCCCAGAAGGACAAGAAGAAACGAAAAGGCGACGUCACUGGCUCACCUGGAUCAGGACCGGCAUCGCCUAUUGAACAAGGUCACGAAACCCAACACAGGCUUUCGCAGCCUUCCAAGGAUACAUCUGCAAAUGUCAUAGAAACUGCCCCCGUCGUCGACGGAACCCCUAAUGCUGCCGGUAAUAGUUCAAAGGCAGAGCAAGCUGUGGAAAAGGCCGACACUGCAACUCGUCAACCAGCGGAGCAAGAACCAAAUACUGUACAGGACCCCCUUAAACAUUUAUCGAAGAAGGACAAGAAAAAAAAGAAGAAGGAGCAGAAGCAAGCUGAGAAUGAAGCCAAAACGACAGGAGAAGCCCUGACUGCAACGCCUUCUUAUCCGAUAGCCACUGAUCAGCCUGUCCAACGCAACCGCGAUACCGAGCAGUCUAUUCAGACUUCUGAGCCAACUCCCGAGGCUACCAAGUCACUUGAGUUUUCUACUUUGCCGCCAACCUCCGAAGUUCUUAUGCAGCCGACGCCUGACAUGCCCCAGAGUGCGGACUUCCCUCAACUUGGAGCUGAAGAAAAUAGACACCGAGGCCAAGAGUUACAGACGAACAAACACGACCUUGAGAAACCUGAGUAUGACUCGCCAAUCCAAUCCACAAUCAAUGGUGAUGCGAAGGAAGACGGCCAGGCAUUAUCUGCUGUCAAACAACCUCGAUAUAUCGUCGAAGGAACCUCGAUAACUCCUGUACCAAGCACAACUCUAGAGAGCAGGGAACAUACUACCGUGGACCUUGAUACGCCCACCAAAGUCAAGGACAUGUCUAUGAUAGCCGAGCCUCCUCUGUCAAGUCCUGUUGAUGAACCCAUUGCCCAACCUGCAGUGCCAUAUGUCCCUGAAAGCCAAGCCACUGGCCCUUUUCCCAUCGAUCCCCAGUCAACUUUUGCUAUCCCCAUACAGGUAGAAGGUGUCGACACCGCCUCGGACCCGAAUUUGUCGAAGAAAGAAAAGAAGAAGGCGAGGAAGCUAGCUUUGGAAAAGGAACUUGCAAAGGAUCAUCAAGCCUCUGACGCACCAGAUGCCAAGUCUUCUCAGGCCAGUGAGCCAAAAGAAUCAGGAGCACGAGACAACCAAAGCCCAUCAACGCCAGACAACACGCUGAAAUUGAAGAAAACGCCCAUUGAAGCGGACGAUCAAGAUAUUGAGGGCGGCCCCGAACCUGUUCAAGGCGACAGAAAGCUUAGUGCUCCAUCGGCAGUGGAACCAACACAGCCUGCGACAGUGCCUGGUCAAGGCAUUACCAAAGCUGAAUCUGAUUUAGCAACAGUUGUCGAGCCUUCUGGAAAAGGGAGUUUGCCCAAGGCAGUAUCAGACAUCUUUACAUUUGGACCAGACGCUUUAACAGAGUCUCCAAUGAUAGCCGCUCCUGUCGUGAUGCCCCAAGAACCUGGUGUGAUCCUGCCCGAAGAGAAGCCUUAUGUGCUUCCUCUACCCCCCCAGGACAAGCAUAUGGACACAGGAGACCGAUCUUCGAAACCCGCUUUAGCUCCUUCACCGAGUUUCAAGAACGACACAACUCGCGCUGGAGUUGGACUUGACAAUGCGCCUAUUGCGAGUACGAAAGAGAAGAAGAAGCGCCGGAAGGGCUCAGAGCAGGCUAUGUCACCCCCAGAGUCUGUACCUGAUGUUUCGCCAGGUGCCUUGACCGAGACAGACAAGCGACCAGCCAAGACUCAGAAAAGUGUAGGUGAUCGUACAGCCACUAUAGGGGACAAACGACCAAGCAAGCCCGAAACAUCUAUUUUUGCUAGAGUUACAGCAGCUGCAGCCGCUGCAUGGGGGACUAAGAAGACUGGUGACAAGACAACGAAGGAACAGGCACAGGAUGAACGGAAUGGUGGAGAAGGGAGGUCAACAGAAAGAGACAUUACUCAAGAUGAGCGUGGCGAGCGAGUUCCAGCUGACGGAAAAACGACAACCAAGGCCGACUCGUACGACAGCAAGUCGCCAACUACCGACGCCACCAAGGAAACUGGUAAUGAAUCCAAGGAUAAAGGAAGAGAUACUAUCGGGGAUUUGACAGACAAGACCAAGACCCCUGAGAAAAGGCUAAAAUUCUCAAAAGGCAUUAAGAGUGCCAGACAAUCAGCAGACGAAUCCAAGCAGCCAGAACGACAAGAUGAAAAGGAUAGGACACACGGGUCGCCCAGAGAUGCCCCUGCCAGGUUUGAACAAGAAGACAAGAAGAAAUCACGAAGAUCGCUGCCGGACAACUUGGACGAAGUGGAGAGCCCCGUUCUCGGCCGUGGCGAUUCAGAGUUGUCGAGAAGGUCGCCGCAAAAGCUGUUACGCCGUGACUCUGGCGUAGAUGAGCCCAGAGGUGGCCUGUUACAAGAAGACAGUACGACAAUCACGCCAACACUAGGCAUGGAAACCGACAUCAGCGACAUAUUAAGGUCGCCAAGCAGGCUUUUAGAGCCGGUCCUUGAGGUUCCUGAGGCAGAAACGGAACCAACCAGGGGUGCGUUCUCACCACCACCUCAAGUCAGACGAAACAGCGGCCCUGUUGGUGAUGCAUCGAGUUUUCACAGACGGAGCAGGCGCUUGAGUGAAGAAUCCAGGCGCGACAGUGUUACAGGAGAAAGGCCAACUUUAAGACGAAGCAAACCUCGCAGUCCAGAACGAUUUCGCGACAGCGGAAUAGAGACUGAGGGCUGGGAACAUCCGCAACCAAUUUUAGACCGUACGGUCAUGCAAACUCCCGAGCCAAAGCCCGAGCGAAGACUUCGUCGCUCUCCUCGAGGCACGCCGGUAUUGCGAGAGCCGACUGUACCAGGGCCAACUCCAGAGCCUGAGAAAAAGAAACAAUAUGGAAUCCUUACACCGGUAGGCGCUACCGUUACAGCGGGUGCGGGUGCGGGCUUAGCGUCAACGCUAUCUAGAUCUGGGCCUGGGCCUUCAACAUCUUCUUCAACUCCCACUCGAACGCCCACUCCUGGUUCCAACUCGAACUCUAACCCUGCAGCAUCAUAUGCUGGCCAAAGAAGUUUCUCCGACAAUGCAAGUCCUAUUCGGCGAUCAACACCUCGCCUUGAAAGCGCGGGACGUCGGGCUGUCUCUAACACGAGUCUCUCCCGUCGUCGAACACCAGAGCCGCUUAAUUCCAAAUCCAGGCCUGAAAGUCCAGGCAUCAACCGGUCGUCAGGCACCCCCACUCCACCGCUCCGCCGCGCCGAUAAGCGAAUGAGCGGUGAUCUGCGGUCUAUACGUCAACAAAACAACACCGCUACCGCUACCGCAACAGCGCCUGUCAGCUCCACGCCCGUCGCAAAUGAGGGUCGUGCCCGUGCCACCAAGGACAUGGCCGACGUCUACGAUGGCUUCGGUGAGGGGCGCAUCGGCUCACCUCGAUCGCCCACCAGGCCUCACAGCAUGCGCCGCCGACAGAGCAUGCAGGUCCUCGAACUCGAGAAUAGGGUUGAGCAGCUAAUGGCCGAGAACCGAAUGCUCACAGAAGCUCGUGCCAUGGCUGAGACAAGUUUGAGCCAACGCGCUGCCAAUAGUCUCGCCGAGCGCGACGCCGAGAUCGAUAACCUUAAGCAAUCGUUACAGUUCCUCCAGAACGAGGUUUCUCGACUUACUGAAGUUAACGAUGGUCUUGCCAGCGCCAACACUGAGCUCGCUAAUAAAGACACUGGUCGUGUAGCCGACCUCGAGAGCCGCAACGCGGUUGUCGCGCGUGAAUUGGAAGAGGCCCGCCGUGCCAAAGGAACUACUGAGCAGUCCCUUGAAGAGAAGGACGCUGAGAUUGCCGAUCUCCGAGCCCAACUCGACUCCGCCAAAGAAAAGAUUCGCGAGUUGCAACGUCAAAUACUUGAGGCCAAAGCCCAUGACGACCACUUCCUCAACAUUCGUGAUGAGGAUCACUUUGAUCACCGCUGUCAACAACUUUGCUCCCAUGUUCAACAGUGGGUGCUGCGAUUUUCCAAAUUCUCAGACAUGCGCGCUUGUCGCCUGACAAAUGAGAUCAACGACGAGAAAACAAUUGACCGACUCGACAAUGCCGUACUUGAUGGUUCCGACGUCGACGUUUACCUUCGGGAUCGUGUAAAACGACGUGAUAUUUUCAUGUCCAUGACCAUGAACAUGAUUUGGGAAUUUGUCUUCACCCGCUACCUGUUCGGCAUGGAUAGAGAGCAGAGACAGAAACUCAAGUCAUUGGAGAAAUUAUUGACCGAGGUCGGUCCCCCUGAAGCUGUGCGCCAAUGGCGUGCCGUUACUUUAACACUACUGGCGAAGCGCGAAAGCUUCAAACGCCAGCGCGACCUGGAUACAGAGGCCGUUGUUCAGGCCAUCUUCCAGACGCUAUGCAAGAUCCUCCCACCGCCAACAAAUUUGGAGGAUCAAAUUCAAUCUCAGCUACGACGUGUUAUGAGAGAGGCCGUUGGUCUCUCGAUCGAGAUGCGUACGCAGAAAGCUGAAUACAUGAUGCUACCACCUCUGCGACCCGAGUACGAUGCAGACGGCGAACUUACUGCCACAGUCCAAUUCAACGCAUCAAUGAUGAACGAGCGAAGUGGUAGCAUCACUACCUCAAAUGAAGACCUUGAGGCUCAGGGCGCAAUUGUCAGAGUCGUCUUGUUCCCACUUGUCGUCAAGAAAGGAGAUGACAAUGGGAAGGGUGACGAAGAAAUCGUCGUGUGCCCAGCCCAAGUUCUGGUCCCUCGCUCCAGGUUGUUCCCUGGAGCAAGUGACGGCGGAAGUACCUCUAUCGGCGCACGCAGUCAUAUUAGCCUUGUGACUGAGACAAUGGGCCAAACCGAGGUAGACUAUUAG